AUGAGCCAUUUACAAAGACAAGAGUGUAGUAAUAACAAAUGCUCAUCAGAGUAUAAAAAGUUAAGUAAGAAACAACCAUGCUGGGGUUAUGAGAAACAUUGCCGAAAACGAAAUUAUUACUCUUAUCCAAUAUGCCCUGAGGAUUCACGCGGUUGGGAGCAUACCAAAGAGAAACAAAUUGAUAAAUUUUGGCGUUCUGCUGAUUUUGGUAUGAUACGUGAAUUUCGCGAUGAAAUGAUGCACUUAUGUAAAGCUGACGAAGAAGGCGAUUCAACCUUAGAUUGUAAUCAACAUAUGAGAUAUUGUCGAGCAACCAAUCUAUACAUGAAUUUAAAAAAUUCUCGAAUGGCUGAUAGUCGUGAACGAUUUCGAACCGAUGUAUUUAAAAAAGGAGAAAUUGGUGGCCAUUGCCAAUUGGAUGGCCAACGCUUAAAAAAUAGCGAUAAACAAAAAGGUGAAUUACAAUCAUGGCAUUCAGAAUUACGCCCUUUCACAUCGUUAAAAUUCAAACCCGUCAUAGAUCGACAUCACUGCGAUGUUAUUGUCGAGCGUCCAACUUAUUUCAUGAAGUUAGAUGCUGGUAUCAAUAUGUUUCAUCAUUUUUGCGAUUUUGUCAACCUCUACGUAACUCAACAUGUCAAUGGCUCUUUUACCACCGAUAUCAACAUCGUCAUGUGGGAUACUAGUUCUAUGAAUUAUGGUGAUUUUUUCACAUUAACAUGGAAAGCGUUUUCUCGACAUCCUGUCAAGCGAUUAUCUGAUUACGACAAUAAGAGGGUUUGCUUUAAAGAUGCUAUUUUUACUCUACCCCCGCGAAUGUUUUAUGGAUUAUAUUAUAAUAUGCCAUUGAUUCCUGGAUGCUAUAAUAGUGGUUUGAUGAAAGCUUUCUCUGAGCAUGUUGUACAUAGAUUGAAUAUUACCACAAAACCUUACGAUCCAAACCGAUAUAGAAUCACACUACUGUCACGUAGUACCAAAUAUCGUAGAAUUCUUAACGAGGAUAAACUGAUAGGAGCGCUAAAGACCAUUUGGAAUUACGAUGUUACACGUGUUGACUAUACCUAUCAGAUGCCUUUUGAAAAGCAAUUAGAAAUUACUCACAAUUCAGACAUUUUUAUUGGUAUGCAUGGCUCCGGACUAACACAUAUGCUAUUCCAACCUCAUUGGGGUGUAGCAUUCGAGUUGUACAACUGUGAAGAUGAGGGAUGCUACUAUGACCUUGCAAGAUUGAGAGGUGUAAAAUAUUUAACUUGGGAGAAAAAGAAAUAUUUAAUUCAGCAAGAUGAGGGCCAUCAUCCAACACUUGGAGCUCAUGCUAAAUUUACAAACUAUGCGUUUAAUAUUGGUGAAUUUUUAAGAAUGAUUGAAAAAGGCGUUAAGCAUGUUGCUGCAAAUAGGCCAAAAAUUAGCGCGGACAACUCUGUGGAAGAUUCCUCAAUCAAAACUGAAUUAUAA